AUGUCCCUGCACUCCAUCGACCCGAGCAACCUCGACUGGACGACGCUGCUCGUCACUCUGGGCGCGGGGCUGGCCGCUGCCACGUACUUCCAUCGCUGCGUCUAUCGUGGCGUGCCGCCGGCACUUCCGCCGCCAGGCGGACUGCAAACCAAGGGGACGGUGCAGCUCGAGAGAGGGGACGUCGGAGGGGAGGAGGAGGUCAAGCGCGACUAUGGCCGGGCGCUCGCUGCGGGCGGGAUCCACUUGCUGGUGCCUCCUGCACCGCCGGCAGCGCUGCCACCGCCCGCCGACGGCGGCGACCGGGAGGCGGCCUUCGAGGCGGCUCUGGCAAAGGCGUGCGGCGGCGAGGCGCUAAGCGAGGCCACGAUGGUGCGGCUGCGUGCGAUGCUCUCUGUCUCUCCCGCGGUGUCUCUGCUCCUCAAGCUCCAGUGCGCGCCCGCGCUCCAGUCCCACCGCUUCAUCGUCGUCCUGCCGCGUCGGUACGAGGUUCGUGCCGUCGGUCCGGGGGCGGACGUGGAGAAGGAGAUUGCUCUCGAGGCCGCGGCGUGA